AUGGCGGUUGCGCCUCCUCUGGUCUACGUAGACCAAGGCGUGUCCAUGGUUAGGAAGAAGGACUCGACAGGCUUCUCUCGCGACGUGUGCGCUAUUCUGCUCAUAGCGAACAUAACACGCUGUUUCUUCUGGCUCGGCAACCGGUUCGAGUUGGCUCUCCUCGUGCAAUCCAUACUCAUGAUCCUGGCACAACUUGCCUUGUUGUACAUCUGCAUCCGCUUCCGUCCCGCCAUUAGUCCCGAGAACAUCGGGAUGUCGACGCGGCCCUUUGGGUUCUGGCAGUGGCCGACCUAUUCUCGCUACGUCGAGUUCCUGGCUGGUUACAUGUCAGUCCCCCUUCGAUCCGAGCUCGUCGGACUGGGCUUAAUGAACGCCGACUUACCGAUCACCGUUCUUCGUUAUGUCGUAGCUUGUGCUCGGCCAUCCUUUUCCUGA